AUGGAGGGUGAUAUCCAGACGCAUGAAGUUGAUGCUGAUCAAAAACCUCUUGCUCAUCCGGGGGGCUAUCUUCUUCCUGCGUUGUUCAAGAAGAGGUUGUUCUUGUUCAUCCCACAGAUUGCGAGGCAAGAGAAGAAGGGAGAGGAUCAAAAGCAGAGUUUGGCGGACCAAGCAAACGAUGUUGAUGGGCCGUCCAAGGCGGAGGAGUUUUAG